UUGGUAACAGUUUCUGCCAGAUAUUUCUGUUACUUAUUUAAUACAGAAGUUUAUAAAACAUUCUAUCAAAUGCGUUUGAAAUUAUAUAAUUGAAUUUUGUAUAUUACUUACUAAAAUAUACGAAAAUGUAGCAGUAUAUAUAAUAGUGAAGAUUUAAAUAUAAGAUUGGAACACAAAAAGUUCCUUAUAGGUUAGAAAUCAUGAAAAUAAGUUUGAAUCUUAUGUUUCAAAUGCUAAAAGAAUAGUAUUUUAAAACAAAAUGAGAUCAUUAAAAGAUAUUCGUUAAAUAUUUAUAUUAUAUAUAUAAAUGAAUAAAGCCAUAUUUAUUAUAUUAAAUUGUAUAAUAUAAUAUUUUCAAAAUGAUGCAUUAUACACCUUGGAUCCACCAUCAAACAAUGCUGGACAAUCAUCAAUGUUAUACACCGUAUAUAAAUACUGUACCAUCUUACACGCAUAAUAAUCAUGAGCAACAACAUAUUACAGAAGAAGAGAGUGAACAAACAGGAGAUGAAACACAUGAUACAAUGACUUCUGCUACAUCAGGAGAGCGUAGUUCUAGUGCUGAUAUAUUUAGAUUAGAAUUUGCAGCAGCCCAAUGGUCAAAAUUAGUUUCAAAUGCAGAAGGUCUUUUUACUAAGCUUAUGACAAGUAAUAUUUUACCUCAUACGGAACAAGAUCAAAUUGAACAAUGGCUUUGUAUGAAACAAGAAUAUGAAGAAUGUAUUGCUAGUGAUGAUACUGGUAGUUUACAAGGUUAUACAGAAAAUGCAAGAAGAUCAUUAGAAAGAAUAGAAGAAGUAACUGAAACUGAUGAAAAAACAGAUGAAUCUAUACAUCAAAUGGAAAGAAAAAUUAAAAUAAAUUGUUCAUCUAGUUCAGAAAGUGAAUUAUCUGAAACUAACGAUGAUGAUGAAGAAGAAGAAGAAGAAGAAGAAGAAGAUCAUAGUGAUGUUAGUUCAGAAAAUCCAGAUUUCUUAGAAAAAUUAGACGAAUGUAUGAAUAAACUUAAAAUAGAAACGGAUAGAAUAGUUGAUUCUACAAGGGACGAAUUUAGAGAAACAAAUAUAGAGAUUAUUCCAACUGUGGCAAGAUCUAUAAAUACUAAUAAUAAUGUUCUUGUAACUAGAGCUGUUCCACUUAGAAAUCCAAAUUCCAGGAGGAAUUCAAUGCUUCCUGGUUCUGAAAUGUGUAAUGAAGUAUUAGCCUUCAAUGAUAGCCUUAAACCUAACCAAAAUCAAAUUUUAGAUAAUAAAACUUCAGCAUUUACUAGUAUAAGAAUAUUAGACAAUUGUGAAUCUGAAACAAUUAUUAAUGAAAAUCAUACGACUCAUAAUGAUAAUUCACCAGAUUUAUUAAUUGAUGCUUUGAAAACAACAGAAAUGCCAGAGCCCAUUAAGGAAUUGAAAACAUUGACAUUAAAUAACGAAGCAAAACAAACUCAAGUAAAAAAAAUUCAAUCAGAUUUAGAUGGAGCUCAUAAACGUAUAGAAGAGCUACAAACUACUAUUAAAAUCAAAGAAAAAUUCAUUGCAGAUAUGAUAAAAAAUUCAGAUGCACGUGCUAGCGCAAAACAAAAAUUUCAACGCAAAUGGAGUAAAUUGGAAGAAGAAUAUUAUAAUACAAGAAGCCAAUUGGCUCAAGCUGAAAAUGCUUCUAUCUACAAAGAUUCAGAAGAAAAGUCUGCCCAUAAGAAGGAGAUUGAAUUAUAUAAAAACAUGGCUAUUCAUUAUGAAAAGAGAUUGAUGGAUAUUGAAAUGAUAAAACAAAUUGCAGGUGAUUCUGCUAAAAAGGUAUUAGAACUUGAAAGUUCCUUAAAUACAUCUAGAAAACAAAUGGAAAAAUUAAAGAAACAGUUGAAAAAAGAGGAGGAACGUAAGAAACAAUUAGAAGAAGAAUUAGCAGAGGAUCAGAAAAAAAUUCGUGAUCUCGAAGAAAAAUAUAACUUAACAGCUUCCAAGUUGAAGGAGAUGCAAUCGGAAAGCGAGGAUGAGAAAAAUAAUAGUAAAUCUAAAACCGAUUAUUCUGAUAAAAAAAAUUUAUUAGACGUUAGUGCGAGAAUAUCGCAUCUUGAUCAUGUUUUAAAAGAAAAAUCAAUGGAUUUGGAAAGAACGGCUGAUAUAGACGAAAAAGAAGCUUUGCGUCACGAAAUUCGAAAUCUACGACGUACUCGUGAUUGUCUAGUGGACGAAAAAUGCGAUCUAGAUGAAAAAUUUCAAAAAGAAAAGACGCUAUCCACUGUAGAAGAGAGGAAAUUAUUGGAAUGCGGAGAAACCAUCGAAGCGAUCGAUGCUAUGAUCGAGCAUAAGAAUGAAAUGAUUUGUGGGCGGAAGGGAUUCGAUGAAAAUCAAUCACAGCGUGAAAAAGGGGAAAGAAUGUUAAUGGAAAGAUUGGCGAAACUUUCAGAUGGUGAAAUGAGAACUUUAUUCUAUAAAUAUUUUCUAAAGGUAAUUGAUUUAAAGGAGAGUUCAAAAAAUCUAGAAGUUCAAACAGCUGAAUUGGAAAGUCAUAUAGAAACUCAGGAAUGGCAGAUUCAAACGUUGACAAAUGCUUUAAAACAAACUAAAUUGGAAGCAGAGAGGCGAAUAGUUUUGAUGCAAAGAGAACACGAGGAAAAAUUACAUCUCAUGUUUAGACAUUUUGCAGAAGAAACUAGUAGUUCUGGUCAUGAAAGACUGGACAAAGAUUCCGAACUUGCGAAAUAUAAACGUGAAAAUAGAACGUUGAGGAAACGAUUAGCAGACGUUGAAGCUCUUUUGAAAGGUCCAACACCACCACGUACAGCUAGUCCAGCAAAAAUAUCACAGCAAGGAUUGAAACAAAUUCCACCAUGUAAUCGACCAACAACCAAAGUAACUAGGCAGCGAAAUAAAUUGAUAAUACAAAAAACUACUGACUGCGAUAAGAAAAAAAAAUGAACUUCUUUGAGAAGUUUAUUAUACUUUAUGUUUCUUUUCUGUUAACAUUUCUUUUUUACUCUAUUUUUUUAUCUUUUGUACAGUGUCUAGCAAUUACAUUACUAAUUUGAUAGUACGUACAAGAACGCUAUCAUUUUUUUUAAACAUACAUUUUAUAUUAAGUAUCCAGAAAAGUUUUUAUCGUUUUCUAAUUGAAAAAUUAAAGAAAUAUCGAUAAAAAUUUUUCUGAACAUCUGAUAUUAUUUAAAAAUACAUUCAAUAGAUUCUUUCUCAUUAUCGCAAAUAUUCAAUUUCAGGUUUUCAGAAAACAAAUCCUCCAAGUAUAAUUUGCAAUAAAGAUAUGUAAUUUU